GCACCUAACGGAGUUGGCCACUCGCCGCUUCCCGCUUCGUCCCUGGCCUCUCCUUCCUCUUCCUCCUUCCUCCUCCUUCCUCUUUCCACUCACCUGCCUCACCGUUCGUUGACUGGAGACUCGGCGUGCAUCGCUCAGUGUCUGCCUCCGCUACGCGCCGUCCGUCUCAAACCGCGCUUUCUCUUGUCCGUGUUUACCUGUCUCCUCCCCGGAAACGCUGUGCCAGGAUUCGCCAGGAUCGCUACGAAUUCUGGAGUCGUCCCGUCCGACCCGCGGCCAGCUACUCGAGUGCGUGACGACGUGUGUUUUUGUGAGGAACUGUUUUAGUUUUUGAAAAAAAAACCGCCUGGGAACGGUGAAAGGCCACGCACGAUCGGCAGCGGUGUGGAAUUUACUCUUGCGGGUCAACGGCGAUCUUCAUCGAUUGAUGACUGGUUGAUUUCUUACGAGAUGAUCACGCUGUAGAUUAUAGCCUUCGAACCUGUCGAAGAAAUAAUUUAAACUGUUUCGAAGUUUUAAGGAAAAAGAGCUCUUUCAAAAAUGAAGGGGACGCUGGUUUCAACUGCCUUCAUUACGUCUGAUUCGAACUGUCUCUGAAAAUCCUGCUAACUUGAUACAGCAUUUCGAUGACGGAGGAAUUGACCUCAGACAAAACAGUGAACUUGGACGACGCUCAGCCGAUCGACUUGAGCAAGAGCUCGAGAGCCUUGUUCCAGGAGCGGAUCCGGAGGGAGAACCAUCGUCCGGUCCCUCAGCUGAUCCCUUUGAGCCUCCUGCCAUCCCUGUCCCUGCAGCGGCAGCCGCGCGGGGCUCACAAGGAUCCCGAACGCCCGGGUCUCGCGCGAUCCGAACAUCCGAGCAAAGGAGAGAUGAGCGUCCACUCCGCUCGGAGCAAGAGCAGACUAGCCAGGGUGAAGAGUUGCCCGUACCUCUACCAGAAGCGGAUGCGGAGGCUUUCGGCGUCGCAGAAAUCGAAGAGCGAUUCGCGGAUCUCGCUGACGUCCAGUAUAUCGUCACCGCCGUCGGUGUUGUCCGUCUCCAGCUCGACGCAGGCCACGACUUGCGCCGUGAGCACCAGUAGUGAUAGAUUAAGCAGACUCUUCAUUAGCGCUGACAGUCGCCCCUCAGAUCAGGGACUCGGUAUGGAGGACGAAGAGAGACUAGGUAGAUUAUCGAGCUCUGAAAGUUAUCGAUACGCGCAUGAAUCGGCCUUAAGACCCAUUUCAGGCGGCGAAAAUGCUCGUCGGGUAGCUGGUGUCAGCCCGUCAACAAUAAAUAGUCUUAGGAGUUUCUUGCAAAGAAAGCAACAAAACCAUGCAUCCGAUCCUAGUAGCUCAGAUUUCAACAACAGCUGAUAAUGGAUACAACAGAGACGAGCCUUUCAAAAAUGAGCUUGAAGCAACCAAAAUAUCAAUCAAAAAGUUCCUGAAAACUCUUAUCCUGUUCCUUAUUCAAUACAGAAAACUUUUUUGGAGACAAAAUCACAUUUUAUGAAUGUGCUUAUCAUCAUAGUAGCAAUAUAACUUUCUAUCAGAUGAAAAUAGUCUGCAUUUGUAUUUUAUUGGAAAGUGAAAUCAGAUACAUAUUGUUCGGCUAAAUUUGGCUCUUCCUAAAGGAACGAAAAUACAUAUUAAAUACCAUAGAUUCACACUCAUUGAGCGCAAAUGGAGAAUAAUAUGCUCUUCAAAUUCAAGAAUAUUAUUUGAUUCGAAAUGAGCAAUUCGCGGUUCUUUCAAGGUAUCUAUUAUGAAUCUCGUUUGUGCAGAACUAGUCUUAAAAACACACUAAGUGAAAAAUUACACGUAGGGUUUUUGGGGGAGGGAGAUGUCCAAGAAGUACAAGCAAUUUCCUCGCACUCGAUGAGAAUUAUAAUAUUUCUCAAAGGAUAGUGAAAAUCAUAAAACUGAUGGAAGUUAAAAAUCAAAAAUGUGUACUUAAUUACUCAUAUUUGGAGGAUACUGAAGCAGAUUUGCACAUAAUAAGUAAAUUGGAUCUACAUGCAGACGAUUUAACUAGAUCCGGCCUAACUGCACAAUGUCUGAUUUGCUCUGUAUUUGACAAUAAUAAUCAAACACUAUACUAUAUAAUGCGUCCAGAUGUUUUAGAGAUGUCCCUAACAUAAUCAUAUUUGUAUUAAGUCUCUGAUCAGGGUGUUGCUUACUUUUUGGUGAGAAGAAAUACAAUCCAUGGCGAGGAGGAAAGCAACGUAUGAUGUAGGUAUUUGGGCUAGUAGUGGUUAAAUCGUCCAAUUCACUAUAUAAAUUAUUAUUACUUUCAUCCUCGAAUCAUCUAAGUUUAUAGGUUCGAUUGAGUUCUUACUGAGUAAAAUUUACUUUGCGUUUCCUCCUGCAGUCUUUGUAAGAGCUUCUUAGUAUUAACACAUACACAAACUGUAUGAAUUCUUGCCGAAAACGUCUCUGAACUGGAUUACUCACUUGAACAGCAUCGAUAAUUUAUACUCCUCGCAUUGCGAUAGUGGUGCAGUACUCAGUUGUUAUAAGGCGGCAUAAGCACCACUUCGUAGCCUCCUGUCUGAUAGUCAUGAAAUCAAAAAACAAAAAUAAUAAUAUGGACCAAAGUUAAUUUAUAUUUAAAAUUCUGUAAUACAAGAAAUUACUUUAUUGC